CCGCGAGCGCCCAUAUAUAAAUUCCACAUACAUAUAUAGAUCAUCAUACACACAAACCGCUCACGGCUACACAUGCGUAGUUCAGCUUCUAACAAUCUGUCUAGGCUUCGAGAUGGCAUCCUCGAGAAGGUUGCUGGCGGUGGCUGUGCUGGCGGCGCUGGUCGUGGGCGCAUGGUGUGCGGCUCCGGUGACCUUCACGGUGGAGAAGGGGUCGGACGAGAAGAAGCUGGCGGUGCUGGUGACAUACGACUCGCCAGGGGAUAUCUUGUCGGAGCUGGAGAUCCGGCAGAACAACGCCGACGAGUGGGUCGCCAUGACCAGGGGUGAGGGCGACCUGUGGACCUUCGAGAGCGCCGAUCCGCUCGUGCCCCCCUUCAACUUCCGCUACUUCACUAAGAAUGGCAUGAAGAACGUCUACGACAACGUCAUCCCCGCCAAAUACACGAUCGGCGCCACCUACACACCCCAAGGGUAGCGUCUUUCCCUUGACGUAGACCCGCAGAAUUAUGUUUGGUCCAUUUUCCCUGGGUUUUGACAACUUUUAAGACAGAUAGCAUUACGUACUAGCUCUGUAUCAAAAUAUAAGACAUUUUAUAGCUCAAUUUGGUACGAAAAACACUAUUAAUAGAAAAAGUUGUCGGAGGCCACUCUUGUCCGGAUUUUCAUGUAUGUAUAUGUGUUAGAAGGGUUAGAGAGGGAUUGCUGUGGAAUUUGAUGGAUUAAAAAUCCUAGACUAUGUAAUACAUGUACAUCAAAUAUAUCUCUUAC